AUGGGUCUUGAUAUUCAUCCUUCUAUCAUUGAGCACCUAAUAAAAUAUAAAAAUAAUAUUGAAGACAAUCUAUCUGCAAAAAGGCAGAAAAAAGUACAGUAUCCAGUUCUUGAAAAUGCAUUACUCAAGUGGAUUCUUCAAAAUCAAGACCAAAUCAUCUUAAGUGAUGAUAUUAUAAUUAAAAAAGCGAAAUACUAUGCUCAAUUGUUAAAAAUUUCUAAUUGUAGUCUCAAAUUCUUACAUGGCUGGUUGUUUAAAUUUAAAAAAAAACAUGGCCUAAACCAAAUAACAAAACAUGAUAAGAAUGCAUCCAUGGAUGACACUGUCAUUAUAGCUACAAUUUCUAAAUUAAGAGAAAUAUUAAAAAAAUAUAAUCUAAAAGAUAUUUACAAUAUGAAUGAAAUAGGAUU